AAUAAACGGUCGUUCUUUUAUUAAAAUAGUUUUCCGCGUAAGUUUUAUAUUUGUCCCACAUAACAUCACACAUCUCGCAUCCAAAUGAGAAAUUAAAGAAUGUCAUCAUCAUCAUCUAAAAUAAGGGUCAAUCCAUCAACAACAUCAUUGUAUUUCUCAUCACAACAGUCAGAGAACAAUAUUUUUAUCUUAGAAGACAUCCACUCAACCAUAACCGAGCUUCAACUAAACUUGAUGGAACAUCAUCGUAACGAACUCAAUCUACGGACAACAAUGCAUGCCCAAAGCGAACAACUUCUAGAUCUAAGGACAUCCUUGGACGUAGAACGUAGCCGCAAUCAACGAUUGGCCAAGCUAAUUCGUUGUGUUGACUCGUCGUCAUCAGAAAGGUCGUCGUCGUUGUCAGAGGAUUCUGCUGGUUCAAUGGAAUGGUCCCGUUGGCGUCACUCAAGACCAUCCAUUGAUGCGUUCGAGUCAAUUAGUCCGCUUUUGAUGCAACACAGAUAUCAUGAGCUAUCCAUGUCAUAUAAAAAAUGCCAUAGGCAACUGGUAAAGAAGGAUACGAAACUAAGGGAGACGCAAUGCGAAAUUGAGAUGCUUCAAGCCAAGUACGACAGUUUAAUGGAUGAAUACAAGGGCACCCAGAAACGUGUCGAGCAAUUGUGCUGCAAGUAUUUGAGGCUUCAUGCGAACAAGAAUCGAGAGAUCUUUAAGCUAAAGGAAGCACUUGGUUGCGCAACGCAAUGUAUAAUGAAUGAAUCUAACUUUGAUGAGAUAGAAAAGGAGGUCUUGAGGCGAAAUUUACAGUUAUUUAUAAGAUCAUUGAAAAGUAGCAUACACGAGGAAAAUACAUUCGAAUAAGUAUAGUAACAAGAA